UUUCCUUCGCUAAAAUCGCACUUGUAAGUUGCGAUUGAUGUUGUUUUUUUCUGGCGUUGUUUAGGGUUCCUCUAUCUGUCUGAAAACGCGUAGAGCAGGGGCACCAUUUUCUCGAUUCCUACUGCAAAAUCGGCUUCUAAUCUACAGAGAUGGCAGGAAGGGGGUCAUAUCGAAGAUACUCAAAAUAAGAGUAUACUAGAAAUAACGACUAAUCCAAUUACUAUGGCUGCUUUCACCUACUUGAAAAUAAAUGGUAUCGAGGUUGUUUGCCGUCCUUUGAAUGCAGAUGAGCACGUAGAAUAUCCUUUCUUCAUAUACAACGAUGAGACGUAUAUGAAGAACAUCAAUCAAGUCAUCUUGAAACAUGAGGAUAAUGGAGGCAGUAGACAAUUGUUAAAUGUGGCAAAGAUUAAAGAUGUUGAUCAUGGGCUUAUGAAUAGUGAAACUAUUGCAAGAAAAAAUAUGAUUAUUGAUACAAUGGUCGUUUCAUUGUGGAGAUGUAUUAGCUAUGAGCUCUACAAAAUUCAGAACGACUUCAAAGCUCAAAGUGUGAAGGAGUGCAUAGGCUUGAGUGAAGAAAAGAUGAAGGAAAAUGCAGUUGCAUCUUUUAGGUGCUUGUUUGAAACUAUUGGGCGCAAGUAUUACUUUUGGGAAGAACCCUCAACAAAUGAUCUUUUGUUUUUGGGGUAUUUUUAUUAGAUAACUAUUUUUAUUAGUUCACUCAUAUCUACUCUUUAAGAGAGCUUUUAUUCCUCAGUAUUUAAGUGUUUUUACACACUCGAAAGGAGGUUUGUUCCCUUAUUGUAAUUGAAGGAAGUUUUCGUUCCUUCGUGUGAAGUCUAGGAGUGCGUAUCUUUGAGCAAGUGGCGUUGAGGCUCGUGUUACAUGAGUUUUCAAGUUGUAUCGGUUUGUUAAGCACCUUUAAGCUUAACAGAGUUAGUGUCACUUGAAAAAGUCUCUCAGGAGGAUGGACGUAGCCACACGCUGUUAGUAUUUAUU